CACGGUGCGCAUCUUCGGUACGUGUAUCAUUUCUGUAAACGAAACCCAUACAUUCCUCAACUAGCGAGCAAGAGAGGAAUAGAGAGAUGAUGAGGAGGAGGAGUUUGAUUAACAUCUUCAGUCGAAGUUACAGUGCAGUUGUUCGAGAUUCAGCGGAGCUAACAAAAAUUAUAAAAUCCGAACUCAAACACGAACAAAAUACACUUCCGUAUUAUCUGAUCAAAAAUGAACUUGGAUCAGUGGGGAAUUUUACAUUAGAAUGGGAUAAAUCGGAAUCCAAAGAUGUGGUUCUAAGGAGGAAAAAUGAAUUUGGUGAAGAGAUUGCUGUUUCAGCUUUAUUGGGUCCUCCUAUUGCUGAAGAAGAAGAAGAAAUACACAAAAAGGGUUUAUUUCCUAACACAGGGCUAAUGAAAGUUUGCAUAAAAAAGCCUGGGUUGAGUUCCAUUUUGCAGUUUGAUUGUGGUUGUAUUGGUAAAUGUGAAGGUGGUUCUGAAUUUUCUAUCCAGAAUGCUUACUAUCUUCCAUCUUCCAGCUCUUUGGGAGAUUCAGUUUAUAGAGGACCCUUGUUCAGUACUCUGGAUCCUCGGUUACAGGAUGCAUUGAAGGAUUAUUUGAGGGCUAGAGGAAUUGUAGAAGACUUCACUGAUUUCCUCCUGCAUCACUUGCAUAAAAGAGAAUACGUUCACUACAUGGAAUGGCUACAAAAACUAGACUCUUCUGUAAGAGCUUGAGGUUUUGCGUUGGUGGCAAUUGAUUAGCUUUAAGUGUUAGAAGAAAAUGAAGUUGAUCAUUUUACCCCUGGGAAUGUGGUUUUAACGUUGGAGCUUUACUAACUUAGCGAGGUUGUUGGUGCACUUGAAGUUGCAACCAAAUUUGCAGGAUUAGUACGUUAUCAGAACUUCAAUCCUGGUAAUGCGGGUAUUCACACUCUUGUUAACUACAUGUCAGUAUUUGUAUUGGAGAAGUUUUAAUCGUGCUACUUGAGCUUAAAUGACAUUACGAAAAGAGCUGUUAUUUUGAAGUUGUAAAGUCAUGUGUGGUACAAUUACUUCAUCAUUUAUUCAGUUUACUGGUUUCCAA